AUGUGUGUGCAACAAUCAGUCUAUGAUAGCCUGGCAUUAGACAAAGGAUGUGGGCCAUCAUUUGACCCAGGGAGACUGGUUCGUCUGCAGUCUAAACAAAGAUAUGAGAAUCCAGAGAGAGCGAGACUGUUUAGUCUGAUACUUCACAACAAUGUGGGUAGUCUGACACUUUACAACAAUGUAAGUAGUCUGACACUUUACAACAAUGUAAGUAGUCUGGCACUUUACAACAAUGUAAGUAGUCUGACACUUUACAACAAUGUGGGUAGUCUGAUACUUUACAAUAAUGUAAGUAGUCUGACACUGUACAACAAUGUGGGUAGUCUGACACUUCACAACAAUGUAAGUAGUCUAACACUUCACAACAAUGUAAGUAGUCUGACACUUUACAACAAUGUGGGUAGUCUGACACUUUACAACAAUGUGGGUAGUCUGGCACUUUACAACAAUGUAAGUAGUCUGACACUUUACAACAAUGUGGGUAGUCUGACACUUUACAACAAUGUAAGUAGUAUGAUACUUUACAACAAUGUAAGUAGUCUUGCACUUCACAACAAUGUGGGUAGUCUGACACUUUACAACAAUGUAAGUAGUCUGACACUUCACAACAAUGUAAGUAGUCUGACACUUUACAACAAUGUGGGUAGUCUGACACUUUACAACAAUGUGGGUAGUCUGGCACUUUACAACAAUGUAAGUAGUCUGACACUUUACAACAAUGUGGGUAGUCUGGCACUUUACAACAAUGUAAGUAGUCUGACACUUCACAACAAUGUGGGUAGUCUGACACUUUACAACAAUGUAAGUAGUCUAGCACUUCACAACAAUGUAAGUAGUCUAGCACUUCACAACAAUGUAAGUAGUCUAGCACUUCACAACAAUGUAAGUAGUCUGACACUUUACAACAAUGUAAGUAGUCUGGCACUUCACAACAAUGUGGGUAGUCUGACACUUUACAACAAUGUAAGUAGUCUAGCACUUCACAACAAUUUAAGUAGUCUGACACUUUACAACAAUGUAAGUAGUUUGACACUUUACAACAAUGUAAGUA